AAAUUGUAUGGUAGUUUUAAUAAAUUUUAUAGUAUGCAACAAUUUAUUAACGUUAAUGAAGUUUCCGUUGUUUCGUUGAUCCUUGGUGGAUUUAUUGUUAUUUUUGGUCUUGUUUCGUAUUUCGUCAAACAACGAUUGUAUUUAUCAGAAGCACUCAUAUGUUUGUUCGUUGGAGUAAUUCUCGGCCCAUAUGUUUUACAAGUAAUCAACCCCUAUAAGUGGGGAAAUACUGACUUUAUUACACGCGAAUUUACUCGAAUUGUUAUCGCUAUUCAGGUUAUGGCUGCUGGUGUGGCAUUACCUAAAGCGUAUCUUUGGAGGGAACUUAGAUCUCUAGCGAUCUUACUUGUUCCAGUUAUGAUUUGGAUGUGGCUUGUUAGUGCUCUUUCCAUAUGGCUCUUGAUACCCAAAAUCUCAUUUUUAGAAGCACUUAUGAUUGCUUCAUGCGUCACUCCAACUGAUCCGGUAUUGGCCAAUUGUGUGGUCAGCGGACGUUUUGCAGAAAAACAUGUUCCAAAUCACGUAAGACAUAUCAUUUCUGCUGAGAGUGCUGCGAAUGACGGUUUCGGACUUCCUUUCCUUUUUUUAGCGAUUUAUCUUUUACAAAUGUCUCCGGGCACAGCAAUUGGACAAUGGUUUUAUUACAUAAUCGGAUAUCAGAUAUUGGUAUCUAUCAUAAUUGGGUUUUUGAUUGGAUAUAUUGCACGCAAGUUACUUAAAUUAGCUGAAGAAAGAAAAUUAAUCGAUAAAGAGAUCUUUAUGACUUUUGCUAUUGUGUUAGCUCUAUUUAUUAUGGGUGCCGUAUCAUUAAUUGGAAGUGAUGAUUUAUUAGCCUGUUUUAUUGCUGGAAAUUCCUUUACUUGGGACGACUGGUUUCGUGUAGAAACUGCUGAAUCGUACUUUCAGGACGUUAUCGACCUAUUGCUUAAUUUGGCAAUUUUUGUUUAUCUCGGCACAGUAAUUCCAUGGUCGUCAUUCAACGAAGCAGAUUUAGGAUUAUCCUAUUGGCGUCUCAUUGUAGUUGCUAUUCUUAUACUCUUAUUUCGUCGCCUUCCUAUCGUAAUGGCUCUGUUAAAAGUAAUUCCUGCUUUAAAGACACGCCGUGAAGGUAUAUUUGCCGGUUGGUUUGGACCAAUUGGAGUAGCUGCAAUCUUCUAUGCUCAAGUUGCUAAAGACCAUUUUUCCGAAACUGAUACAGAUCAUGCUCACGCAAGAGAACUUGUUAUUCCAGUCACUUUUUUCCUUGUAAUUUCUUCAAUUACAGUACAUGGACUAUCUGUCCCAUUGAUAAAAAUAGGAAAGCGUGUGAACACGAUUACAUUAUCAAGAAAUCAGUCGCUAGAAUUACGUCUUACUCGGAAUCUUCGUCGGACAAAUACUCCAGAAAUUUACAAUUGUGAUAGACCAAAAUCAAUUGUCUCGGAAAGAGAAUACACACCUUCAGAUAUGAACAGUCCAGUUGUACAAAAUGAUAGUACUACAAUUGAUAUGGAAUUGCCUACAGUUCCUAUUAAAAUUGAUCGUGAUGAAGAUAUAUCUCAAAGAUUUUCAAUUUAUGAAGAGGAUGAAAAUAUUAUUAUUGAAGAUGAAACAGAUGGAGAAGUUUAUGUGAUCAAUAAUUCAACUUCGCUUACUACAACUCCUCCUGCGACAACUCAAGCAAUUGAUAGUAACUCACAAAAAAGUGAUUUUAAUCUUUUCCCUCUGUUUAAAAAAUCUUCGAAUGAACAGAAUGAUCGGUGACAAGAAAAGUACAAUGGAUCUUAUUUAAGAUUUUUAAAUUUAUUUUCGUUUAUUUCCUUUAUCUCUCGUAGCUUUAUUUGCUUCAAAUACAAAUUAACCAAAUUAAUAAAUUUGAUGUUUUUUGUUCAUUUAAAAUUUUAAUUUCAACAUAUGAAAUUCUUUCACGAUAGUUG